CUCCUCAGCGCCGGGCGGGGGCGGCGGCGGCGGCGACGUCUCCUCCUCCUCAGCGCCCGCCGGACCCUCCGGGAGACGCGGCGCGGCCCGGGCGCUCCGGCUGCGGGGGCGCUGGGGGCGGCUUGACAAGAAUUUCGCCCGCUGACAACUUCUUCUCCGCCGCGCCCCUCCGCCGCCCCCCGGCCCCCGCACCUGGCUGCUCAGCCGGCGGCCACCGCCCGCCCGUCCCGCUCGCGGGGCCCGAGGCCGGGCGCGGGCGGCGGCGGCGGCGGGGGCUCCUCCUCAGCAUGGCCCGGGGCGGCGGCGGCGCGGCGGGCCCGGGGCGGCCGCGGGGGUCCUCGCCCGGCCCCGAGCGGCGGCAGCGGCCCCGGGGAGCCCGCGCGGCGCCCGAGAGCCCCGGCCGGGACGCGGGGGAGCGCGGCGGGCGGCCGGCGACAAAGUUGAGCGCGGGCCGGAGGCGCGGAUGGUGGGCGCUCCUGGCGCUGCAGCUGCACUUGCUCCGGGCGCUGGCUCAAGAAGAUGUUGUGCCGUAUUUUAAAACAGAGCCGGGCCUACCACAGAUUCACCUGGAAGGCAACCGCCUUGUUCUCACCUGCCUUGCUGAAGGGAGCUGGCCUUUAGAGUUCAAGUGGAUGCACAAUGACCGUGAGCUCACCACCUACACCAGCGAAUAUAAGUAUAUUAUCCCGUCUUUACAGAGGCUUGAUGCUGGGUUUUACCGCUGUGUGGUGCGAAACAGGAUGGGAGCUCUCUUGCAGAGAAGAUCAGAAGUUCAAGUCGCAUAUAUGGGAAAUUUCAUGGAUACAGACCAGAGGAAAACGGUGACUCAAGGACAUGCAGUAGUUCUCAACUUACCAUCCAUCACCAGCUUCCCAAGACCGCAAGUGACCUGGUUCAGAGAAGGGCACAAGAUCAUUCCCAGCAACAGAAUAGCCAUCACGCUGGAGAACCAACUGGUAAUCCUCGCCGCGACCGCGGGUGACGCCGGGGCUUACUACGCGCAGGCCGUCAACGAGCGGAACGGGGACAACAAGACCAGCCCCCUCAUUCACUUGAGUGUCGCAAGAGAGGUUGGCACCCCCGAAACCAUGGCACCCGUCAUUGUGAUCCCCCCAGGCAACAGAAGUGUGGUGGCCGGGUCCAGUGAGACCACCUUGGAAUGCAUCGCCAAUGCCAGGCCUGUCGAGGAGCUGCACGUGACCUGGAAGAGGAACGGGGUGAAGGUCGCCGGGGGGCUCCACAGCCAUGGGAGACGCCUCACCAUCAGCAACCCGACGUCCGCCGACACCGGGAUGUACGUCUGUGAGGCGACGCUGAGAGGACGCGCGUUCGACGCGGCCACAGCGCAAGCCUUUCUGGCUAUCAUAGAGCCACCGUAUUUUACUGCUGAGCCCGAGAGUCGGAUUUUAGCAGAAGUGGAAGAUACCGUGGACAUCGUGUGUCGAGCCAUGGGGGUCCCUCUUCCCACUCUGCAGUGGUUCAAGGACGCCACGGCCAUCGGCAAGCUCCAGGGUCCCCGGUACGAGAUGCUGUCAAGUGGAGGCCUGCGGAUCCAAAAGCUGCGUCCUGAGGACUCGGGGGUCUUCCAGUGCUUUGCCAGUAAUGAAGGAGGGGAGAUCCAGACCUAUACCUACCUGGACGUCACCAAUGUCGCCCCAGCGUUUACUCAGCUUCCGGUGGACACCACGGUCACCGAUGGGAUGACGGCCGUCCUGAGGUGCGAGGUGUCCGGAGCCCCCAAGCCCGCCAUCACAUGGAGGAGAGGAAAACAUAUUUUGGCCAGUGGCUCCGUACGGAUUCCUAGGUUCAUGCUUCUGGAGUCUGGGGGUCUGCAGAUCGCCCCCGUCUUCCUCCAGGAUGCCGGGAGCUACACCUGCUACGCAGCCAACACGGAGGGGUCCCUGAACGCGUCCGCAGCCCUAACUGUUUGGAAUCGCACGUCCAUCGUUAACCCUCCAGAGGACCGCGUGGUGAUUAAGGGGACCACUGCCACGCUGCACUGUGGAGCCACUCACGACCCCCGGAUCGCCCUCCGCUACAUCUGGAAGAAGGACAACACAGUCAUCACCCCAUCUAGCAGUUCCAGGAUUGUGGUAGAGAAGGACGGGUCCCUCCUCAUUAGCCAGACGUGGUCGGGUGACAUUGGAGACUACACCUGUGAAAUCGUGUCCGAAGGAGGGAACGAUUCCAGGACGGCCCGGCUAGAGGUGAUUGAACUGCCUCACUCACCUCAGAACCUGCUGGCCAACCUGAACUCUUCCCACAGCCACACGGUGAUGCUGUCUUGGGUUCGACCAUUUGAUGGAAACAGCCCGGUGCUUUAUUACAUCGUGGAGCUGUCUGAGAACAACUCUCCAUGGAAAGUACAUCUGUCAAAUGUCGGCCCCGAGAUGACAGGCGUCACCGUGCGCGGCCUGACUCCAGCUCGCACCUAUCAAUUCCGGGUGUGUGCCGUGAAUCAAGUGGGCAAAGGCCAGUACAGCGCAGAGACAAGCAGGUUGAUGUUACCUGAAGAGCCGCCCAGUGCUCCCCCAAAGAAUAUUGUAGCCAGUGGGCGUACCAAUCAGUCCAUCAUGGUCCAGUGGCAACCGCCCCCAGAAACAGAGCACAAUGGGGUGCUGCGUGGGUAUAUCCUCAGGUACCGCCUGGCCGGCUUGCCGGGAGAACACCAGCAGCGCAACAUCACCAGCCCGGAGGUCAACUACUGCCUGGUGACAGAGCUGAUCAUCUGGACGCAGUACGAGAUCCAGGUGGCCGCCUACAACGGGGCGGGCCUGGGCGUCUUCAGCAGGGCCGUGACCGAAUACACCCUCCAGGGAGUGCCUACUGCGCCCCCACAGAACGUGCAGACAGAAGCUGUAAAUUCCACAACCAUCCAAUUCCUCUGGAACCCUCCGCCUCAGCAGUUCAUCAAUGGCAUCAACCAGGGAUACAAGCUCCUCGCAUGGCCAGCUGAGGUCCCUGAGGCCACCACUGUGGUCACCAUUGCGCCAGAUUUCCAUGGAGUCCACCACGGGUAUAUAACGAACCUGAAGAAGUUCACGGCAUACUUCACCUCCGUUCUGUGUUUCACUACUCCGGGGGACGGGCCUCCGAGCACGCCUCAGCUCGUCUGGACUCAUGAAGACAAACCAGGAGCUGUGGGACAUCUGAGUUUCACGGAGAUCCUGGACACAUCCCUCAAGGUCAGCUGGCAGGAGCCCCUGGAGAGAAACGGCAUCAUCACAGGCUACCAGGUUUCCUGGGAGGUGUACGGUCGGAACAGCUCCCGGCUCACCCACUCCCUCAGUAACAGGACGCAUGAGUACAAAAUCAAAGGACUGUCGUCACUCACCACCUAUACCAUCGAUGUGGCCGCUGUCACCGCCGCAGGGACUGGCCUGGCCACCUCAUCCACCAUUUCUUCUGGAGUGCCCCCAGAGCUCCCUGGCGCCCCGUCUAAUCUGGUCAUUUCCAACAUCAGCCCCCGCUCAGCCACGCUUCAGUUCCGACCGGGCUACGACGGGAAGACCUCCAUCUCCAGGUGGAUCGUCGAGGGUCAGGUUGGAGCCAUCGGUGAUGAGGAGGAGUGGGUCAGCCUCUACGAGGAGGAGAAUGAGCCCGAUGCCCAAAUGUUGGAGAUCCCAAACCUCACGCCGUACACUCAUUACAGGUUUCGCAUGAGGCAGGUGAACGUCGUUGGUGCCAGCCCCUUCAGCCAGUCAUCCCGGGUCAUCCAGACCCUGCAGGCCCCCCCUGAUGUGGCCCCCACCAGCGUCACCGUGCGAACGGCCAGCGAGACCAGCCUGCGGCUCCGCUGGGUGCCGCUGCCUGAUUCCCAGUACAACGGGAACCCCGAGUCGGUGGGCUACAGGAUUAAGUACUGGCGCCCCGACCUCCAGGCCCCGGCGCUGGCGCAGGUCAUCCACGACCGGCUGGAAAGGGAGUUCACCAUCGAGGGGCUGGAGGAGUGGACGGAGUACGAGCUCCAGGUGCAGGCGUUCAACGCCAUUGGGGCCGGGCCCUGGAGCGAGGUGGUGCGGGGCCGCACGCGGGAGUCAGUUCCUUCAGCCGCGCCUGAAAACGUGUCGGCUGAGGCCGUCAGCUCCACCCAGAUUUUACUGACAUGGGCUUCGGUGCCUGAACAGGACCAGAAUGGGCUCAUACUGGGCUACAAGAUCCUGUUCCGGGCCAAAGACCUGGACCCCGAGCCCCGCAGUCACGUCGUGCGAGGGAACCACACGCAGUCGGCGCUGCUGGCCGGACUCCGCAAGUUCGUGCUGUACGAGCUGCAGGUGCUGGCGUUCACCCGCAUCGGCAACGGCGUGCCCAGCUCGCCCCUCGUCCUGGAGCGGACCAAGGACGACGCCCCGGGCCCACCAGUAAGGCUCGUGUUCCCAGAAGUGAGACUCACAUCCGUGCGGAUCGUGUGGCAGCCGCCGGAAGAGCCCAACGGCAUCGUUCUGGCUCCCUCCACGCCUGUCCCUGCCUGGUCGUGCCCACUGUCACCAUGCAAGUCUCACUGUCCAAAGGUAACGUCUGUGUCUGUCAGUGUGGCCUCUGGGCUUCAUUGUAAAGGGUACCAGAUCGCCUACCGCCUGGCCAGCAGUAGCCCCAACACGUUCACCACGGUGGAGGUGGGUGCCACCGUGAGACAGUUCACGGCCACCGAGCUGGCCCCGGAGUCUGCGUAUAUCUUCAGGCUGUCAGCCAAGACGAGGCAAGGCUGGGGGGAGCCGCUGGAGGCCACCGUCAUCACCACUGAGAAGAGAGAGCGGCCGGCACCCCCCAGAGAGCUCCUGGUGCCACAGGCCGAAGUGACCGCACGCAGCCUCCGGCUCCAGUGGGUCCCGGGCAGCGACGGGGCCUCCCCCAUCCGCUACUUCACUGUGCAGGUGCGAGAGCUGCCCGGGGGCGAGUGGCAGACCUACUCCUCGUCCGUCAGCCAUGAGGCCACAGCCUGUGCUGUCGAAAGGCUGAGACCCUUCACUUCCUACAAGUUGCGCCUGAAAGCGACCAAUGACAUCGGCGACAGUGACUUCAGUGCAGAGACGGAUGCAGUGACCACGCUGCAGGACGUUCCGGGAGAGCCUCCAAGUUUCAUCUCGGUGACACCGCACACCACCUCCUCGGUCCUGAUCCAGUGGCGGCCUCCAAGGGAUGAGAGCCUGAACGGCCUUCUUCAGGGUUACCGGAUCUACUACCGGGAGCUGGAGUCCGAGGCAUCCUCAGCCACCGUGUCCAAGACACUCAAAACCCCUUCAGCUUUACGGGCCGAGCUUACAGCCCAAAGCAGCUUCAAGACCGUGAACAGCAGCUCCACGUUAACAACGUAUGAAUUAACACGUCUGAAGAGGUACCGGCGCUAUGAGGUCAUCCUGACGGCCUACAACAUCAUCGGCGAGAGCCCAGCCAGCGCGCCCGUGGAGGUGUUCGUCGGCGAGGCUGCCCCGGCCAUGGCUCCGCAGAACAUCCAGGUGACCCCGCUCACGGCCAGCCAGCUGGAGGUCUCAUGGGACCCGCCACCACCGGAAAGCCAGAACGGGAACAUCCAGGGCUACAAGGUUUACUACUGGGAGGCAGACAGCCAGAACGAAACAGAGAAGAUGAAGGUCCUGUUCCUGCCGGAGACCGUGCUGAAGCUGAAGAAUCUGACCAGCCACACCCAGUAUCUGGUCAGCAUCUCCGCCUUCAACGCGGCGGGAGACGGGCCGCAGAGUGACCCCCGACAGGGACGCACCCAUCAGGCCGCUCCGGGGACCCCCAGCUUUUUGGCGUUCUCAGAAAUAACCUCUACAACGCUUAACGUCUCGUGGGGCGAACCAGCAGCAGCCAACGGCGUCCUACAAGGCUACCGAGUGGUCUACGAGCCCUUAGCACCAGUCCAAGGGGUGAGCAAGGUGGUGACAGUGGACGUGAAGGGGAACUGGCGCCGCUGGCUAAAGGUGCGCGAUCUCACCAAAGGAGUCACCUACUUCUUCCGCGUGCAGGCGCGGACCAUCGCCUACGGGCCCGAGCUGCAAGCCAACGUCACGGCCGGACCAGCGGAGGGCUCCCCAGGGUCCCCCAGAGAUGUCUUGGUCACCAAGUCAGCCUCCGAACUGACGCUGCAGUGGACUGAGGGGAACGCAGGCAGGACGCCCACCACCGGCUACGUCAUCGAGGCCAGGCCCUCAGAUGAAGGCCUCUGGGACGUGUUCGCGAAGGACAUCCCCCGAGGUGCCACGUCCUACACUGUCAGCCUGGACAAGCUCAGGCAGGGAGUGACCUACGAGUUCCGGGUGGUGGCCGUGAACCAGGCGGGCUAUGGGGAGCCCAGCAGCCCCUCCACGGCCGUGUCAGCUCAAGUGGAAACCCCGUUCUACCAGGAGUGGUGGUUCCUGCUGGUGAUGGCCCUUUCCAGCCUGAUCGUCAUCCUGCUGCUGGUGUUUGCCCUGGUCUUGCACGGACAGAACCGGAGAUACAGGAGCUGCAGCACAGGUAAGAGCAUCUCCAACAUGGAGGAGACCGUGACCCUGGACAACGGAGGGUUUGCUGCCUUGGAGCUCAACAGCCGUCAUCUCAACGUCAAGAACACCUUCUCGAAGAAGAACGGGACCAGGUCCCCGCCCCGGCCCAGCCCCGGCGGGCUGCACUACUCAGAUGAGGACAUCUGCAACAAGUACAACGGAGCUGUGCUGACUGAGAGCGCCAACCUUAAGGAGAAGUCGGUGGACGCUUCAGAAUCCGAGGGCACUGACUCCGAGUCCGAGGACGCGCCCCCCCAGCACUCCUUCGUCAACCACUACAUGAGCGACCCCACCUACUACAACUCGUGGAAGCGGCGGGCUCCGGGCGGCCGUGCCCCGCACAGGUACGAGGCUGUGGCAGGCAGCGAGGCGGGGCCGCACCUGCACACCGUGGUCACCACGCAGAGCGCCGUGUUUGCGCCCACGGGCCCUGGCGCCCGGACUCCACUCACCGGCUUCUCUUCCUUCGUGUGACGGCCCCAGCGGGGCCUCAGCGGACCUCCCAGCCUCCUUUUGUUAAGACAAUCAACUCCAAUAACUGAGCUCAAGCUUUUGUUUAAAGAGAAUUCUGAUAAGUGAUGAUUUUACCUACUUGUGGACACUAGAUUUCAAUUAGGAAGGUUUUUUUAACGGCUUUUUGUAACAUCGCUGCAGGAAGCGGGUUUCUUUGUUUUCUUUUCUUUUUACGAGAAGGUGUAUUUCAGUGGUGCGAUGGCGGGAACGCCUCAGAACCCCCAGCCCCCUGCCCCGGGUUUCCGAGAUCCCGAUGCCUGACUAGGGAGGCUGCAGGGGGAGGAAGAGCGGGGAUCCAGGGAGCUGUCCGCCCGCAUGCAGGGCGCUCCUUCCGCUUCUCUACCUCCUGUGCCUCCGGAGAACCAGUCACACACCAGGGUCCCCAUCGGUGACACCGACCAGCUGGGCUCUCGCUGCCUCCUGGGGCCGCAGAGUGAAGUCUGCCCUGGGCUGGGCCCUUUUCGACCUGACGGCAUCCACCUCUGAAAUAUUCUCCCUCUGCAGUUUCUAGGCAAGGAAUCGGCAUCCAGGUUCCUGGCAAGGGGGCAAGAGAUUGCGAGGUGGGGUCCUCAGACCCGGCGAUGACUCCGUUGGCCUCACCCUGUGUCACUGCAGCGGUGAAACACCGGGGCUUUUUCUUCCUUUCUCUCCUUAAACCCAACGGUGCAGAGCAGGAAACCACCCCCGGGGCCGGAAGCCGCCACGCUGGCCCUCACUUAGCGAGCUAGCUCCUUCCCGAGAACACAGCACACGGCCAACCCCGCUAACCCAGAGAGAACCAGACGGCGCUUGCAGAAUAAUUGCUUGUUGUGUAAGACGUGUGCAUUGUUAACCAGAGUAUUUUUUAAAUCUUUUUAUCUUUUUUUAAAAUAUGUCACAUGAAAUGAAUGAGUCUCUGCUGUCUCCAGGUGCCUUUUUAUUAAUUGUUUAGCUUUGUACAUGAGAAAGACGACAAGCGUCAGUGUCUCCAAAUAAAGCAAAACAGCUCUGAGCAAACGAGGCCCCAGCUUGCCGCCUCCUCGCCAGGCCUCCUGCGCAGGUGGGCGCCGGCCUGCCUCCGAGCGCUGCCCGCAGGUGGGCACCGGCCUGCCUCCGAGCGCUGCCCCCGGGUCUGCUUGCUGCGCCCACUGCACACUGCCUUGACCACCAGUGCUGCUGCUGUCCCCGCCCCCGACCCCCGCCCAGCUUCUAGCCUUAAAGGGUUUUCUGGAAACGUUUUCUUUCUUUCCCCUUUUGCUAUUGUUUUGUUUUCGUUUUUAGCUACAUGAAAAUAGCAUGAACUAUGUUGAGAAACCGAGAGUCCAAACUGUAGGUGCGGCCCAGCCGUCACAUUAUUCUUGCAAGAGGGGUCUAAUGUGGCCGACUCUCCAGGCCAGAGCCUAGGUCCAAGUGGACGCUGCGAGCCGCUAAUGCCAGCCCGAGUGUGCCCAGAGCUCGGGGACGGCCCGGUGUCCCCACCUCACCAGAAGGAGUGUGUGGCCAUGACACUGUCCAGCCAUUCUGUUGACACCCCCGAGGCCCAGGGGAGCGAGGCAGGUGCCCAGGUGACCUGCGGUGCCCUGAGGGUGGGGGAGCCCAUCUCCGGGCCACGUGGAGAGCUCAUGGUGCCUACUCCACUGUCUUCCUUCUACACCUCCAUGGCAGCCUCUGCUUUCAGAGAGGCUGCCUGUGGCCCCAGGAGGCCGAGGAGAGUUUUGUGUUGGGUGAAAAGCCCCUUUUCAGUUUUUCCGAAAACUAGAGGGUAUGCAAAGGUUCCUUUCUCUCUCCCUCAAUCCCCUCCUGUUCCUUCCCUCUCUUGCUGCCUUCGUUUUCUGAGUGGAGGCAGAAAUAUUCGAAACCAAAAAUCCUAGACGCUCUGCCCAAAGCCACUUGUGUGUGAGAAUCACCCACCGCAGUUCACUGGACAGGACGCCCCUCGGGUCCGGAGCCUCCACUCCUUCCUCUCCGCGCCUCCACCACCGGGAAAGGGGGCAGGAAACCUCGAGGCUGCAAGCGGAACUUCUUGGAAGAACUCCGACAAACCCUGCCUCCUGUGCACUUCGCUCUCUAAGCCAUAUGGACUUUGCUUUAAAUAAUGGGGGAAAGGGUUAGGACGCGUUGGAAUGAGGACAAUUUGGUUUGAGUUGUGUUCUUUGCUUUGCGGGUUUCUGCUGCGACAUGACACUUUUGGGGGGGUUCCUUUUCUUCCCUGAGCUUUCUCUACCUUCCCUGAACUUGCGUUCUGUGGAACUGAGGCGGCGCAGGCUGCGGACGGACUGUCAGCAUCCACCUUCCAGCUGGGCCCUCGGGAGAGGCUGCUCCGGGGGAAGGGAGGUUUCCAGUCCGGUUCCGGCCUCCCCCAGCAGUGCGCGCCUGGACCAGCGUCACUUCCCGGCCUCUCACCUUACGGAGGAAAAACAAAAUAUCUCACACGAACAAGCAACAUUUCUUUAACCAAGACAAGAGGGAAAGUCUGCCGCUGGCCUUCCUCCCUAGUGACGUCACCCAGGUGCUCUCCGGCCAGCAGUAGCUGAGCCCCGCCCAUGCACACCCUCGGGUGGGUCCCUGGAGACAGCUCCGACAGGUGAGCAAGAAUGAACCCGCUAAGCGGCCAGGAGCGGCCGGGCUCUCUGUUGGGGCUGCAGGGCUGGGCAUGCAUGGGGCUGCCCCCCUCCGCUGGGCACCAGCUUUCCCAGACAGAUGAGCUUCGGGGCAGCUGCAGCCAGUCCCCACACCUAGCCGGCGUGAACCACAUCAGCAUGGCCUCACGCACCUUUUCCUGGAUACACAGGCCCAUACCGACCCCCUCUUCCCCUGGCCUUCCCCUCCACUGCUCUCACUGUCAUACUUUUAAGAAGUACCCAAUAAAAUGUCGUAGCAGAGGACGGUGUGGCCUAGGGCAACGUGGGGACCCAUGCCCCCAUGAGCGCGGGACGAGGCCACACCGCCAAGAGGGAGGGCCAUGCGCGCGCUCUGUAAACGUCUUUGGAUGCUGGGCUUGUACUUCAUCAUGACUGGACUGAAGCAUGGUGUUUGCGUAAUGGAUCGUAGCAUGGUUUCUAGUUUUUACGAAUUCUUGGCACACAGUGUAGUUAUUCCCCCAAUGAGCAACCCAUCCGCGUAUCCCAAGCCGGCUGUCCUUAACGCAGCAUCCCUGGAGCAUGAACAGGGUCGGGAAGGCAGAAACACUGCAGCCAUCCGUGAACCGAGCUAGUCCGCGGAGGCACCCCUCAUCACCACCCCCAACAUCGCCUUCUGGGUUAUCCAGAGCUUAGGUCACUCCUGGAGUUUUCCCGACAACGUUUUCUGGAAUUGUGCAGAAAACCAGAUCUCAUUUAAAAAAAAAAAAAAAAGAAAGAAAGAAAGAAAAGAAAAAAGAAAAAAAAAAACUUGUAGGAAGACAGAGAGGUGCUAUGGGUACAAUUUUUAAUAAAAACAUCAUUUUGUUCCUUA